AUGACAUCGCAACCCGUCGUCCUCGCACCAGCAACUCCUUCAGAGCUUCUAUCAUAUAUCACAUCAUACUACAGAUAUCCUGCAACACUGAUCAUCGGCUCCUCUAAAGCCGAGUUUCACACAGCACUCGUUGAAGAUAUCACCCAUCAUCUCACUGUCCAAGAUGAACAACUCCAACAAGACAACCCAGAGAACUCAGCAACAGAACCCUCUCAUGUUCUUCUAAAGGCAACACUAUAUCAAAUCGCUAUUUCCCGCCAUAUAAGAAUUCUAUUUGCGCCAACAGUCACACAUCUGCGUGCCCAUCUUUCCGUCUUCACGCCUAAAAACUCCUUGGUUCCAGCACCGCCAAACCACGCCCCUGACUCUCGUACACCUGUUCUUCUGGUAUAUGGCCUUCUGGCCCUUCAUAGAGACGCAAGUGAGUGGUCUGCGCAAGGAAUUGGGAACACCGCUGCGCUGCUGGUCGAUGCCGCGUCACGGAAUGGGUUCAAAGCAGCUGUUAUUGAGCCAAAAGGUGUAGGCGGACAUGAGGAUCUAGGACAGCUUGGAGGAGAAAUGAUACCCUUAUUAAAUGGAACUGCGAAAAGGGAUGAUGGAACAUGGAGUGGGCGGACUGUCAGCAUCAAACAAGUUUUGAAUCGAUGGUUCAAGUUCGAGGUUGAGGAUCAUUAA